UUACAUCACUUGCAGUGCAGCAUGCAGCAUAUAGAGGGGACUGAGGCAGCUUGGCCAUAUUGUGCACCAGCUCCUCUCUUCUCUUCACUCUUCUCUUCUCUCCUCCUCCUCAACAGCGGCUGCGUCACACAAUUCAGGCGCUUGGCGUGUGUGACACAAUCAACAACACACGGUGCCGUUGAAGGAGGGAAAGCCGCAGAAAUCGAAUCCAUUUUUCCAAACAUUACACUCGGCUGAAAAGGUUUGGUGUGUGCACAAAAUGGUUAAACUGGGGAAUAAUUUCAGUGAGAAAAACAACGGGAAGGUGGCCUCGGAAGACGGAUUUGACACAAUCCCCCUCAUCACACCUUUAGAUGCCAGCCAGCUUCAUUUCCCUCCACCGGACAAGGUGGUGGUGAAGACAAAGGCGGAUUAUGACGGCGAGAGCAAGAAGGGCAAGAUCAGAUCCCCCAAAAUCGCAGAGUUCUCGAUAAGCAUCAUCGAAGGCGUGUCUGAGCGACUGAAAGUGACCUUGUUGGUGAUCUGUGCUCUGGCCUUCCUGGUGUGUGUGGUGUUCCUGGUGGUCUACAAAGUUUACCAGUAUGAGCAGCCAUGCCCUGACAGCUUUGUGUACACGCAAGGUCGCUGCAUGCCGGCUGGGAUGUACGGCGGCAACUUCCCCCAUCAGGGCCCGGGGGGCCGCGGGCGCCUCUUCACCCUCAUCAACCACUACAACAUCGCCAAGCAGACCAUCACUCGGUCCGUAUCGCCGUGGAUGACCAUCAUGUCCGAGGAGAAGGUCACCCAGCAGGAGACGGAGACGGCACAGAAGCUGGCCUAACCCCACUGGGCGGAGCCUCGAUAAUAAAUAAUACGAUUGUGCCAUUCAAGCAAACCCGAGUGCUCGUCUUGCCCGAGGUGCUGCGCCGCCUUCAAGGUCGGCUGAAUGAGGCUUCUGCUGGGUUCAUGGUUUGUUUGAAUAGCAGAUGCUGUUAUUUAUUGAUACACAGUUGAUUGGGGGCAUACAUACAUGUAGAAAUGCCCCCCUGCCCACCACACACACACACACACACACACACACACACACACACACACACACACACUUGAUGUUAACAUUGUACAUACACACACACGUUAGAACUCAAUUUAGUGAAAUGACUGUGAGUUAUCAUGUUUGUGACACAUUUAGAUGAAGAUGCACGCACGACAAUUUUGCAGGGGUUUUUUUUUUCCAUUUUCAAUAGACCUUGUUUUGAACUCUGUAGUUAUCACGAAGCAAUGUUUGCAGCAUAAAUGCCACUGAGGUGUGGAACUUAAUUCUGUAGGCAAAAAAAAUGUCGGGAAAAAAAUCCAAGUGUUAUAUUCAGUUGUUAUAUGAAUUUUAAGAGCAACGUGGACGCGCUACGUCACUUACAAAUAAGCAAAUCAUGUUACUCUCUGCCAUUAGUUCAAAGCUGCGUCAAUAAUUGUAUUUGACAUCAAAACUGCUGCUUUUAAAAAUGACUUUUUUUCCUGUACAAAGCCGACUAAAUUGUUGUGACAAAAGGAUCGACGUCCACUGGCUGCACCAGCAACAAAUGUAUUUUGCACAAUUUUAGGUUGUGCAGUUUGACCCAAACUGCUUUCUGCAUCAAUGUUUUUUUUUUUGGAUGUAUCAAGUGUAUUUCUAAAAGAUUGCCACCCAUUUUGUGAACACAAUGUGCAUUUUUGCAAGCUACACAAGAUUGAAUUGAAAAGGCUGCGUUUCUCAGCAUAACUUUCAUGCUGCUCUACUGAAUGUUUUUGCUUUGAUAGUAAUGACGCUGUAUUGUGCAAC